CAUGCCGGUGACGGCGACCACGAUAAAAAUAUUGCCCCGCUGGCUACUUGGACCCAUGCCAGCAGAGAUUUAAUUAUUACGAGAAUGGCCAGUAAGUGUCGGCAUUUGCUGUUGCUGCUUUUGUCGGCGGCGGUUUCGGCCGACGAGUCGUGCCACUCUUUCGCCGGAGGCUCCGUGUACCCCGCGGGCACCGGCCGCAACAUCGAGCACAGCCUCCAGUUCACCAAAGCUGUCAUUUCCAAGCCAGCGCCGCACUGGGAAGGUUCAGCAGUCGUCGGCGGCGAAAUCACCGAAAUCAAGCUCAGCGACUACAAGGGAAAAUACCUCGUUUUCUUCUUCUACCCUCUCGAUUUCACGUUUGUGUGCCCAACUGAGAUUUUGGCCUUCAAUGACCGGCUGGAGGAGUUCAAGAAAAUCAACACGGAGGUGGUGGCCUGCUCGGUCGACUCGCACUUCACGCACCACGCGUGGACAAAGACCCCGAGGAACGAAGGCGGUCUCGGCAAACUGAAGAUUCCCCUUUUAUCAGACCUGAACCACAAAAUCUCCAAGGACUACGGCGUCUACCUCGAAGACCUGGGCCACACUCUUCGGGGCCUGUUCAUCAUCGACGACAAGGGCAUUUUGAGGCAAAUCACGAUGAACGACCUGCCCGUGGGCCGCAGCGUGGACGAAACGCUUCGGCUGGUGCAGGCCUUCCAGUACACUGACAAGCACGGAGAGGUCUGCCCUGCCGGAUGGAAACCUGGCUCCGACACGAUCAUUCCUGACAUUGAGGAAAAAAAGAAGUUCUUCGAAAACCACGUUUGGUAGUUCUGUGUUGCCAAAAACUGGAAAAUACCAUUCCUCAAAAAUGCAUGGGUGCAGCACACGUGACUCAAGACUUUCAAUCUAUGUAUAAUAAUUUGAUUUUUUAUAAAAGUAAAACUGCAUUUAUUUGUGGAGA